AGCCCCCACCAGGCCCUUCCCCCUUCCCUGUCAUUCUCCGCCCUUCUCUGCACGCUCCUCCUCUCUUCUCUCUCUCUCUCUCUCUCUCUCUCUCUCUCUCUCUCUCUCUCUCUCUCUCUCUCUCUCUGGGUUGUCGGCCCGCGGAGUGAUCGAUGGGUCGGAACGCAGGCGGGCCCUCGGCACUUGGCUCGCCACGCCUGCGACGCUGCCAUGGAGACGUAGCCGCGGCCUCCGGGCCCCGCCGCGUACCUGGAUCCUCUGCGUCAGCGUGUCCGUGAGCGCCGGUGGCAAUGGCUGCUCUGCUUAAGGACCCGGGCAAGCAGUGCCUUUGCCUGGCGUAGGGGUGCGGGAGGUGGGGUUCGCAUCUUCCCUCCACCCAGAAGCACUGCUCCAUAGCUGAGGAACGCUUCUCUCACCAGCGGAGACCCUGGGACCACCAAACCAUCUGUGGGCUGCCCACACGCCUCACCCUUCCUCCCAGCUCAGCUGGCUGCAUCCGUGAGUAGCCUCACUGAACUCUGUGGCCCACUGAGGCUGCUCCUGAUGGCGAAGCCUGUGUUGGGCCUGUACCCUAGGCCAGACAGAUUCUUCCCUUUGCAGUGUCAUCCUUGAUAAGAAUGGAAGACUGCCUAGAAGAAAGGACCUGAAAACUAGCGCUUGGUCCACAUUCCCAUUGCCUUUUGAGUGGCGUGGACAGGUCGGUCCCUGCUGCAGGGACCCUGGAUACAUCUCUUUGAGCUCAGCAGUAUUGCAGAGGCAGUGGCCAUCUGGGCAGGGUGCCCCAGAGUGGUGUGGAGUCUCUGUCGACACAACUCUAUUGUGCAGAGUUGGGCCACCGCGCCAGGCUGACUCCCUUUCUGUCUGGAAUGGCUCACAUGGCUUCCGAACGGUCAGACUUGUGUCUUGGCUUCCCCUGCCCUCCUGAGGAUCUUGCCUAUGGGAAGUCUGAGUUACCUACUUCCACUAUUACAUUGAACGAGGACUCCUCAACCCAACAGCCAACAAGGCUGUUAGCCAACUAGUUAACAAAGCCAGCUGUUCUUGGCCUAGGAGGGAAGCCAGGUGUGCAGGACCCUGGGCCUGUGGGAUGAGUGGGCGAGUCCCCCUGGCAGAGAAGGCCUUGUCAGAACGCUACGCCCGCCUCCGCUACAGGGACACUUCCUUGCUCAUUUGGCAACAGCAGCAGCAGCAGUUGGAGUUUGUACCACCCAGGACAUACCUGAACAGGAGCCGCAGCAUGUGGUACUCCCAGUAUGGAAAUGAGGCCAUCUUAGUCCGUGACAAAAACCAGCUUGGGGUCUCUAGGGACACUGGCCAGUCUAAGUUUUGCUCAAUCAUGUAAUUGCACGGAGAAGACCUUUGAUGCCCAUGAAGAUCAAGUUGUGGUAUGAAAACUCAACACCCAAGAGUAACAUCCAAGCCUUUAUUAGUGACACAGCUGGUGCCUAGAUGCCCUCCCCUCACUGCCCAGGCCCAGGCAACAAAAGGGAAGCCAGUGAGACCCCCAGCUCCUAUGAGCUGCUGCCUGAUAUAGAAUGGGUCGGGUCCAGGGUAAGGAGGGAACUCUUCCUCAUCAUCUUUGAUGAGCUCACUGCAGUGACAUGUGAAAAGGGGCCAGCACUGGGAGUGACAUUCCUGAGCACAGAGUUUUAGUGACCAGUUGGUCUAAAUGUUAUACUGCAUUAUGGUCGCAUCCACACUGGCCACCAGAUGUGGUCUCAUAUAUAGGUGUAUCUUAAACACUGUCAGCAAAAUGUGCCCAGAAGUGAUUUCAAACUUAAUCACAUGUGGAAAAGAGCAGGUCAUUGAUGGUGGAGCAUCAAAGCCACUUUUCUGCCAGGCUGCAGUGGCAUUCUUUUUAGGGUCUAUCAAGCUCCACCUCAGCACACAUUGUGGACAGCUGAAAAGUGCUUGCCUCUGGUGCAGUUAAGGUCUGUGUGGCUAUGCAAAUGUGGUUAUGUGUUUUGUCAAAACUGAGCUUUCUAAAUAAACCUAAGACUGUCCCAUCCUCA